CUGGGCCCCUCGGUCUUCGACCUGCCGACGGCGUCCCUCGCGCUUCUCUUCCUGGGCAACCCGUGCGACGACGACGACGAAUCCGGCCCAGGAGGCGACGAUGACAGGCCGGAUCGCCGGCGAGGCCGCGACGAUCCAUGGCGUGGUGGUCCAGACCCGUGGACGGCGUGGUGGUGGAGGUAGCAGCCGGGGGACCUGCCCAGGCACGCCUCCUGAUCCAAAGCGCCUCGUCAGCACUAUGGCCACGACUGCCGCCCCAUCGUUGCCAUCGCUUCCGAAUGCCGAGAGCGGCGACUUGGGGCCCGAGUUCCCCGACAUCUGUGACGGCACCCGGGAUGCAGGCACACAGACGUCUGCGCUCCACGCAGCCACUCUGCGCAGCACCGCGGGCCAGGCCGUGUCCAUCGCCAUGGAGCGGAUGGUGAAUGCGCUUGUCGGCGCGUCUGGCCGCCUGCGUAGGGCCGCCGCCGUGAUCGAUGGUGACAGUGGCCUGCAAGGCCGUGCGGGUCCUCCGGAGCGGGGUGCGGAGUUCCCGCAGGCACC